AUGUCGUCGCUAAGCAGGGAGCUUGUGUUUCUCAUACUUCAGUUCCUGGACGAAGAGAAAUUCAAGGAGACUGUGCACAAAUUGGAGCAGGAGUCAGGGUUUUACUUCAACAUGCGGUAUUUCGAGGAAAUGGUGACGAACGGAGAGUGGGAGGAGGUGGAGAAGUAUUUAUCAGGGUUCACCAAGGUUGAUGAUAACAGAUAUUCUAUGAAGAUUUUCUUUGAGAUCCGAAAGCAGAAGUAUCUCGAGGCAUUGGACAAGCGUGAUCGUGCCAAAGCUGUGGAGAUUUUGGUGAAGGACUUGAAAGUGUUUGCUGCAUUUAAUGAGGAGUUGUUCAAGGAAAUUACGCAGUUGUUGACUUUGGAAAACUUCAGAGAAAAUGAACAGCUGUCCAAGUAUGGAGAUACAAAAUCUGCUAGGAAUAUAAUGCUUGGUGAACUGAAGAAGUUAAUAGAGGCUAAUCCGUUGUUCCGAGACAAACUCCAGUUUCCUACAUUGAAAAAUUCAAGAUUACGGACUCUAAUUAAUCAAAGUUUAAAUUGGCAACAUCAACUGUGUAAGAAUCCAAGGCCUAAUCCUGAUAUAAAGACCUUAUUCGUGGACCACAGCUGUGGUGGGCAGCCAAAUGGUGCUCGAGCCCCAUCCCCUGUAACCAAUCCCUUGAUGGGUGCUGUGCCAAAGCCAGGAGGCUUCCCUCCACUUGGUGCUCAUGGUCCGUUCCAGCCUCCACCUCCUUCUUUGCAAACAUCUCUUGCUGGUUGGAUGUCAAACCCAUCUCCUGUCCCUCAUCCUUCAGCUUCUGCUGGACCCAUUGGCUUGGCUGCACCUAAUAACGCAGCGGCUAUUUUGAAGCGCCCUAGGACUCCUCCAACAAACAACCUGGCUCUGGAUUAUCAAACAGCUGACUCUGAACAUGUCUUGAAAAGAACUAGACCAUUUGGAAUGUCUGAGGAGGUUAAUAAUCUGCCUGUAAAUAUUCUGCCUGUUGCAUAUGCUGGGCACAGCCAUGGGCAGAGUUCCUACUCAUCCGAUGAUCUACCUAAGAAUUUUGUUAUGGCUUUGAAUCAAGGCUCAGCAGUGAAGAGUAUGGACUUCCAUCCAUUGCAGCAGAUUUUACUUCUUGUUGGCACAAACAUGGGUGACGUCAUGGUAUGGGAGCUGGGUAGUCGUGAAAGGAUUGCUUUAAAGAAUUUCAAGGUUUGGGACCUUGGAGCAUGUUCAAUGGGGUUGCAGGCAUCUCUUGCUAAUGAUUAUACAGCAUCAGUGAACCGUGUCAUGUGGAGUCCUGAUGGAAGUCUAUUUGGCAUUGCUUACUCUAAGCACAUUGUUCACAUUUAUUCAUACCAUGGAGGGGAUGAUAUAAAGAACCACCUUGAGAUUGAGGCCCAUGUUGGAAGUGUAAAUGACCUUGCUUUCUCCUAUCCCAACAAGCAACUGUGUGUAGUCACUUGUGGAGAAGACAGAGUGAUUAAGGUGUGGGAUGCAGCUACUGGCAAUAAGCAGUUUACUUUUGAAGGUCAUGAAGCUCCUGUAUAUUCUGUGUGCCCACAUCACAAAGAAAAUAUCCAGUUUAUAUUCUCAACUGCAACUGAUGGAAAGAUUAAAGCAUGGUUGUACGAUACCAUGGGUUCGCGAGUUGAUUAUGAUGCUCCAGGACAUUCAUCAACCACAAUGGCAUAUAGCGCUGAUGGAACAAGACUCUUCUCUUGUGGGACAAACAAGGAGGGAGAAUCCCAUUUAGUUGAGUGGAAUGAAAGUGAAGGUGCAGUAAAGCGUAGGUAUACUGGCCUUGGAAAGCGAUCAGUUGGAGUGGUGCAAUUUGAUACCACUAAGAAUCGGUUCUUGGCUGCUGGUGAUGAGUUCAUGGUCAAAUUCUGGGAUAUGGAUAAUGUCAGCUUAUUGACAAGUAUAGACGCAGAUGGUGGACUGCCGGCUUCUCCUUGCAUAAGAUUCAACAAAGAAGGAAUUCUCAUGGCUGUCUCGACCAGUGACAAUAGUGUUAAAGUCCUAGCAAAUCCUGAUGGAAUUAGGUUGCUAAAGACGGUGGAAAAUCGCACAUUUGAUGCUUCAAGAGCUGCUUCUGCAGCUGUUGUCAAGGCCCCUUCAAUACCAAAUUUUGCUGCUGCCAAUCCCAAUCCUGGAACUAGCAUGGGAAAUCCAGCUGCUCCUUUACCACCCAUGGUUGGAAUGCAGAUCAAUGAUAGCCGAGCUUUGGCUGAUGUUAAACCUAGAAUAAAUGAAGAAUCCAUGGAGAAGUCAAGGAUCUGGAAAGCAGCUGAAAUUAAUGAGCAAUCGCAGUGUCGUUCUCUGAGGCUUCCUGAUAAUUUAACUGCAAUGAGGGUGGCCAGGUUGAUGUAUACAAAUUCUGGGCUGGCCAUAUUAGCGUUAGCAUCUAAUGCUGUUCAUAAGCUCUGGAAAUGGCAGAGAAAUGAUAGAACUGGGAAGGCCACUGCUAGCGUUGCUCCACAAUUGUGGCAACCAUCUAGUGGAAUAUUGAUGACGAAUGAUAUAAGUGAUACAAACCCUGAAGAGGCUGUGCCAUGCUUUGCUCUUUCAAAGAAUGAUUCUUAUGUUAUGUCGGCUUCAGGAGGAAAGAUAUCGCUUUUCAAUAUGAUGACAUUCAAGACAAUGACAACAUUCAUGCCCCCACCACCGGCUGCAAGUUUCCUGGCAUUCCAUCCUCAAGACAACAACAUAAUUGCUAUCGGAAUGGAGGAUUCUUCAAUCCAAAUCUAUAAUGUCAGGGUUGAUGAGGUUAAAACCAAGUUGAAAGGUCAUCAGAAAAGAAUCACGGGUCUCGCCUUCUCCAACACCCUAAACGUGCUCAUCUCUUCCGGAGCAGACUCUCAGUUAUGUGUGUGGAACACGGAUGGAUGGGAUAGGCAGGCUAGUAAAUUCCUGCAAAUCCCUCCCGGGCGUCCGACCUCCCCUGUUUCGGAUACCCGGGUCCAGUUUCAUGUCGACCAGACACAUCUGCUCGCCGUUCACGAAUCACAGAUAGCACUGUACGAAGCGCCGAAACUCGAUUGUUUGAAGCAGUGGUUCCCUCGAGACGCAAAUCCUAUCACACAUGCGACCUACUCUUGCGACAGCCAGUCGAUAUACGUCAGCUUCGAAGAUGGAAGCGUGGGUGUUCUUACAGCUCCAGCUCUCAGACUGAGGUGCAGGAUAAGUUCUGCCGCUUACCUACCUCCAAAUCCAAGCUUGAGGGUCUAUCCGUUGGUGAUCGCGGCACAUCCAACAGAAGCCAACCAGUUUGCUUUGGGACUAACAGACGGCGCAGUCCACGUGCUAGAACCAUUGGAAUCGGAAGGGAAAUGGGGCACCGCGCCACCGGCUGAGAACGGUGCUGGAGGAGCGCCGAGCACUUCCGGUGCUGCUGGAUCAGAACAACAAGCUCAAAGAUGA